GUAGCUUUUUUCUCUCCCUUUUUUCAUUGAAACGUUGCAUCAUCUUAACCACAAGUAUUCAAACAGUCUAUGCCUUUCUUUGCGGAAGUUUUUAGGUGAAAACGCUGCAAAAUGUGUGGUAUCUGGGCUUUGUUUGGCAGCGACGAGUGCAUGUCAGUUCAGUGCACCUGUGCCAUGAAAAUUGCUCACAGAGGCCCUGAUGCUUUCCGCUUUGAGAAUGUUAAUGGCUUCACCAACUGUUGCUUUGGCUUCCAUCGCCUUGCCAUUGUGGACCAGCUGUAUGGCAUGCAGCCGCUGCGCAUCAAGAAGUUUCCUUACAUGUGGCUCUGCUACAAUGGAGAGAUUUACAACCACCAAACACUGAGGAAGCAAUUUGAGUUUGAUUACCAGACUAAAAUGGAUGGUGAGAUUCUGCUCCACCUUUAUGACCGCUUUGGCAUUAAGAAGAUGGCUUCUCUCCUGGAUGGUGUAUUUGCUUUCAUUCUUCUGGACACUGCCAACAGAAAAGUGCAUGUGGGAAGAGAUACGUAUGGUGUUAGGCCUUUGUUCAAACUCCUCACAGACGAUGGAUUCCUUGCAUUGUGCUCGGAGGCCAAAGGCUUAAUAGACAUUACCCAUGGCAUGGGUACUCCUGCCAGCAUUGUCCCCUUCCCCCCUGGGCACUUUGAGGUCUUUGAUUUAAAGCCAAGUGGCAAAGUUCAGUCUAUUCAGAUGGAACAGUUUCACUGCUGCAGACAACAGCCUUCUCAUGCCAUCUAUGAUACAGUGGAGAAACUACCUAUAAGUUUGGAUGAGGAACUGGUGAAGAGCAACAUCAGAAAUCUGUUUGAAAAUGCUGUAAGGAAACGUCUCAUGGCUCACAGGAGAAUUGGUUGUCUUCUGUCAGGUGGUCUGGACUCCAGUUUGGUUGCUGCUACACUUGUGAAACUGGCCAAAGAGGAGAAGCUGCCAUAUCCCAUUCAGACAUUUGCAAUCGGAUCAGAUGACAGUCCAGACGUCCUAGCUGCUCGCAAGGUGGCCGCUCAUAUUGGUAGUGAACACCAUGAGGUGACGUUCACUGCAGAAGAAGGUAUUGAAGUUGUGAAGGACGUCAUCUUCCACCUGGAGAGCUAUGACGUCACCACAAUACGUGCCUCUGUGGGCAUGUACUUGGUUUCAAAGUACAUCAGACAGAAGACUGACAGUGUGGUGAUCUUCUCUGGAGAGGGUUCUGAUGAGCUGACGCAGGGAUACAUUUACUUCCACAAGGCUCCAACACCCAAAGCUGCAGCAGAAGACAGCAUUCGUCUGAUGGAGGAGCUCUACAUGUUCGAUGUUCUCCGUGCUGAUCGGACCACUGCUGCACAUGGCCUGGAGCUGAGAGUGCCUUUCUUGGACCACAGAUUCACAGCGUAUUACCUCUCCUUGCCUGAGGAAAUGAGGGUUCCUAGGGAUGGAGUGGAGAAGCACCUUCUGAGGGAGUCCUUCAAAGGUCUCGGCUUGAUACCUGAUGAGAUUCUCUGGAGGCGCAAAGAAGCCUUUAGUGAUGGCAUGACAUCUGUGAAGAAGUCCUGGUACACGUACCUGCAGGAGCAUCUGGAGUCAAUGGUGAACGAUGAUGACAUGGAGGAAGCUUACAAGAGGUUCCCUCACAAUCCCCCACGCACUAAAGAGGCCUACUACUAUAGACAGGAGUUUGAGAAGCACUACCCAGGCCGUGCUCAGUGGCUCUCCCAUUACUGGAUGCCGCGCUGGAUUGAUGCCAUCGAUCCAUCAGCCCGUACCUUGUCCAUCUAUAAACCUGAGAAAGACCAAUGAUUCGUGUGUUUGUGUCUGUCUGUAGUAUGUGAAGUCUUUAACAUCUUUGAGGGUGUAAUUACAGUUAAAAUUUCUUCCACUGAGCUGAGAGAACAAAGACAAAGCUCUUCUGCUUUUAAGAUUAGGCUUCAAACUUUCCUUCAGAUUUUCCUUUCUGAUACUGACUAGCUGGAGAUGGAUCAGGUGAACCUGAACCAUCUCUUAGUUACCCUGCUAUAAGCGCCAACUGCUAGUUGACUUUCAUUGAGCACUUCCUCACUUUCCUGUUUUCACUUGCCUGGUGUUUAUAUGCCACUAUUGUGCAUCAAACUGCCAAACUAGAGCCGCUACUCCACCACGUCGAAAGCAGCCAGUUCUGGUGGUUCGUGGAUCCGACUAGAAUGCCUCCUUGGUGGGACCCCGGACACGCUGGAGAGAUGAUAUAUCUUACCUGGCCUGGGACCACUUUAUUGUUCUCCAAAAGAGAGGUCUGGGUUUCUCUGCUUAGGCUGCUGCCCCUGCAUCCCAGUAGAAGAAAAUGGAUGGAUGGAACUGGAUCUUUGGCAUGCAUACUGGAGGAUCAAACCGCCAACCUUCUGAUUAGUAGAUGACCCGUUCGACCUCCUGAGCUACAGGGUGUAAGGGUGGUAUCAUCUUUACACUAUAACUGACUGAGGUCAGUAAGUAGUGUUAUCAUGCUGCUACCUCCCAGCUUUUGACAGCUUUGGUUGAUUUCUGGUAGUUUGAAUUGCUUUGGUUUCAGUUUGUGUUUGGCUCUUAAUCACCAAGCUAGAACUGCAGCAUUGUUGGCACUAACUAGCAUAUUAUACAAGUGUUUUGUAAAAGGACAUUUUUCAAGUUUGGCAGAAGUGAGACAUGCGUAAAAGAUCGAAUAAUUUUUUUUCAUGCUUUUUAGGUCUGAGUAUUCAAACAGUUUGGGAACUAGGAGUUAGACAUUUCAUAUAACUGUCCCACCCAUGGUCACAUUUGAAAGUGGAUUACAGGAAGAGAUCACUAAUAUCUGCAGUCUAAUGUAAUUUAAUAACCAUAUGCUACAGCAAGGAAAUUGUAUCCAACCUUAGUUUAUUGAAUGAUGUUUGCACUAGGCAGCAUUGCAUUUGUAUUUCUCUCUUAACUAAUCUUUUAUCUGUCUCUAUUUUUCUGUGUUUUACAUUAAUUGACGCUAAAAUAAAAUUUCCUGUUGCAACAGAAACUGUUUACUUCAUUUAUAUUCCAUGCAGUACCACUGUUUACCAUCAGAGUC